CUGGAACAUGGAAAAAUUGGCCAAAAGCGACGGUGAUUAUCGUCGAGCAACACACUUACCAAGUCAUUCAGCGACGGGAGGAACCAAGACCAAUAUCGUAGUGUCUAUACCGAAAUUUCAAACAUACUCUGAACCAGACAAUCUGCAACUCAGCCUUCUAAAACUAGCGCCUGUACCCCAUGGCCGACGACAACAACACAAGCCUCGAGGAGCUCCAGCGACGCCUCCGCGCACUGCGGCCUGAGCAGGAUGGUGAUGACGACUCUGGGCCUGAAUACGGACCUGGCGCUGCCCCAUCGGCGCCGGAUUUUAGCAUGUUCCAGUCGGCAUCAGCUUCUGCUUCGGCUUCCGCACCGGUCAAGCAACGAGUGCAAAGGCGGGCGCUGUCUCCCGGCAGCGAGGAGCGCCGGGGGCAGCAGCUGAAACAGCGCCGUGAGGCCCGCGAGCAGAUAAGGAACGAGAUGCUGCGGUCGAUGAAGAAGCGGGACUCGUCUACAAGCCCCUGUCUCGGCUUCACCGCGGCGUUGGCCACUAUUUGUCUGGUUGGGUACCUCAUGUUCAAUUACUGGCCCGAGAAGGGUUUCCGGAUAUGAUCUUAAUUGCCUGAAACCUGAUAUACUCGAAACCAACUGGCCAGUUCGGACUGGCUGGCGACUUCCAGACCGAACAGGGAGGCUUGGUUCCGGCUUUGUGAGGUACUCGAUGGGCUUGGAAAUCGGCAAGGGAGCAAGUGAAUCCUAAUUGCACCAAAAGAGAUCAUGGUCGGCAGCGGAAGCAAGUCGGCACUGUCAGCUCUCCCGAACACCGCAGCUCCUAGUGGCAAAGAAUAACCGCGAACAUGGCUGUCAGUUUCAAGCCGACUACGAACCAAAGCAGCCACUCAAAUGCCACGUCAAGUGCCGGCACAGUGUCCUAAAAGCUUGCGAAAACGAACAGUCUGUGACUUGGACGCAUGCAAUAGACUCCAAGUAUUGCUUGGUACCACGCUCAACUUUUUUUUUUUUGGUCGAAGAAAUGAUCGUUCGUUGUCUUUGCCAUACCGCAAGACAAAGCCGGGUGAAGAACAACCGGAGAGGUGGGGGAAAGUCCGAGACGAUUACGCUGCGCCAGGGUUUGUAAGGCUGCGUUAUACUCGCCAAUAUCAUUUGUACAAACGGCUAUUCUUGGCCUGGGGAUGAAGUGUUGCGACUUUGGCAAUUAGGCGUUCGUGGACGGGGUUGCUGUAGGCAAAAAAACCCGAUUGUUGACUUGCCGCUGACUUGAAUUCUUGCAAGUCAGCCUAGCAGUGGUUAUGUUUAGUUUGCGACAUGGUACGAUGUCGUCGGCGUCUUGACUAAGACCUUAUUUGUUCGGGCUGAAAGGCAGACUUUGAGUGUGCAAGCAGAGGUGUUUCUUGCGCCUUCGUACGGAGUUUGUGUGUCGUCCGAUAUAUUUAGGUAUGAAGAAAAAAUCACAAGGUAGCGCAAAGGGCUCGGAAACUCUGUUUCCUGAGUGCCUCAAGGACUCCCUACCUUAUCUGGAAAGGCGGAUGUAGAAUACAUACUAAGCAGUACAAGACAAUGCAACUUCAAGCACGAAUUCCCGUAAGUGUUUCGUC